AUGAGCUCCCGCAUAGAGAUCCUCAACGACGGUGGUUUUCGCUCCGACGGCCGCAGGCAGUACGAGCUGCGCGACAUCACCAUCGACCUCUCCCAGCAUGGAACCGCGGAUGGCUCCGCUCUCCUCACCCACGGUCUCACCCAAGUUCUCGUGACCGUCUUCGGCCCAAGAGAGGCCAAGAUGCGUUCCCAGACUCUGCACCAUCGCGCCGUCCUCAACGUCGAGAUGAGCGUCGCGCCAUUCAGCACCGGCGAGCGGCGAAAACGCUCGCGCGCGGACAGGCGGAUCCUCGAGCUCGCCUCCAUGAUCGCCUCCACCUUCGAGCCCGUCGUCCAGACCUCCCUCUACCCCCGCUCCCAGAUCGACAUCUACGUCCACGUCCUCCAGCAGGACGGCUCCCUCCUCCCGGCCUGUAUCAACGCCACCACCCUCGCGCUCGUUGCCGCCGGGGUACCGCUCCACGACUUCGUCUGCGCCGUCACUGGCGGGGUCCACUCGACGUCCCCUCUCCUCGACCUCACCACGCUCGAAGAAAAUGACGUGCCGUUCGUGACCGUCGCCGUCAUGCCCCGCACUCGAAAAGUGACGCUCGUCACGAUGGAGACUCGCCUGCACGUCGAGCGGUUCAAGGAGCUCUUCGAGCUUGCGUGCGAGGCCGGCCAGACGAUCCACAAGGAGAUGCGGCUCGCCGUCAAGGACCGCACGACAGCGCUUGUCGGUGCGAUGGACGCGGGGACGAAGCCGGCCAUGCUCGACGAGCGCGAUGUAGUGAUGGACGACAGAAUAUAA